AUGCGCGUCUCCACAGCCCCGCCGCCCACCCCCACCGUGAAAACCCUGCAGAAGCAGUGGCUGGAAGCAAUGGCCGCCUACUAUUAUGUGCUCCUUUUCCUCUUCGUGGGCCCUUUCUUCUCCCUCCUUUUGUUUCUCCUCUUCACCUCACUCUGGUUGCUUUCUGUUCUCUACUCACUGUGGCUGUUCCUGGACCGGGACACCCCCAACCAAGGCGGAAGGCAAUUCGAGUGAUUGAGGAAUUGUGUCAUUUGGAAGCACCAAUGGGACUACUAUCCUAUCAAGGUGACAGGGUUGUGUUCGGUGGCCCGCCAGAGCCUAGACUUUAUCCUCUCAUGGUCCCAACUUGGGCAGGCUGUGGUCAUCCUGGUUGGGGGUGCCCAAGAGUCCUUGUAUGCCAUCCAAGGGCAGCACUACCUCACUCUCCAGAAUCACAAAGGUUUCGUGCGCCUGGCACUGAGGCAUGGAGCCUCCCUGGUGCCUGUAUACAACUUUGGAGAAAAUGAUAUCUUCAGACUUAAGGCUUUUGCAACAGACUCCUGGCAGUAUCUGUGCCAGAUCACCUUCAAGAAAUGUGUGGGCUUUUCUCCCUGCAUCUUCUGGGGCCACAGUCUCUUUUCCAACUCCUGGGGCUUGCUGCCCUUCACGAUGCCCAUCACCACUGUGGUGGGUCACCCCAUCCUGGUACCCCAAAGCCUCAGCCUCACUCAGGAAGAAGUUGACCACUACCACAUGCUCUACAUGAAGGUUCUGGAGCAACUGUCUGAGGAGCACAAGGAAAGCUAUGGCGUCCCUGCUGCUAUGCAUCUCACCUUCAUGUAGCCCUGGCUCUGACUCCACCAGUC